AUGUCUGCCCCAGCCUCCCUCCUGACCAUUCCCUGCGAGCUCCGUAACGCCAUAUACUACUACAUUUUCACUCCACCCAACAAUGGCGCCGACCAGACCUCUCCCCUUGAGAGUUCGACAGGCUCCAAUGACCUCGCAACCGCCCUAGCCCUCCCCCAACCCUCCACACCCACUUCGACCACAAAGCCCGACCCCUACGACCCCCUCCGCCUCCUCCUAGCCUGCCGCCAAAUCCACUCCGAAGCCCACCUCCUCGCUCUCGCGCACACCUCCUUCCACCUCCAUGGCGAAACGCCCUAUCCCUGCAACUUCUCCGCCCUCGCCUCUCCUCUACGAGAGAGCAAGCUCCGCGCCAUCCGGCACCUUACCCUCGAAACCCGGAUAGCCUCCCUCCGCGCCAUGAACGAGACCUGGCUCGGCUUGCCAUUCGGCAACCCCUGUCUCCACCUCGACACCUUGACAAUCACACCCACGCGCGCAGACUGCUCGAGGAGCGCGUACGCGGAGGUAGCGGAUCUAAGCCAAUCGCACACCCUUGCCUACGUCUUCGCGGAGACGUUCAAGACGCUACGGAACGUGGGCAUGGUCAACGGUGUACAGGGUGUGGAGGUGGGGUGGUGGGAGGUGUGGGGUUAG